AUGAGAAGGAAGGCUUCCGGUUCCAAGACGCGAACACGUUCCGUGGGCUUAUCGGCCGUCGACCCUCUGCCCUCUGCACACGACCACAGGUGCACCGUGCACGGCCGCAGAACAGGGUAUCAUAGUGUCGGGGGAGCACAGGCGCCGAUAAGAGCGAAGAAGCUUCGCACCACGAUUAAAACACUGAUUCGCAGAGCACACGCACCGCACCGCAACGACCACCACAUUAUUAACUCGAUCGUAACGAGGCAAAACGAGGGCGCCUUCCAUUAUGAGCGCCUAGCCGCACCGAUAUGGCAGCCACGCACCGGGGCCCCGGCGUGCGCCCGUCUGGCGCUUGCCCCGUUUGGGCUCGCAGCGAUAACGAGGAUGAAUGUCCGGCGCACCGGAGGCUCCGUGGUCCCCCCCGGCCCCCAGGAAGCGCUCGAUUCUCCACCGGCGUUUCCUGGGCUCCGUCUGCGUUCUGCGUGCGGGGGACCCGAGAUACGAAAGUGGGUCCUCUUCUGCCUCGAGCCUUGCAAUUGCGGGCAGUGGGUCUUUUUGAGGGUGGUGGGUUCGACGAAGGUGAUUCGGAUGUGGCGGUGGGGGAUCCAGAAGCUGCGUGUUCAGCGUUCGGCACGCGCUGCAAAUGUGGACCUACACUCAUCUGGCUCGAUCGGGUGCUGGAAUACAGGUUUUCGUCUGGGCGUCUGUGUGUCCGAGGGCGCGGACUGGUUCGGCCGUGGCAGGAUCAGCGGGGGCGCUGGGGAGGAGUCUGCGUGCGCUUCUGGGCCGGAAGAGCUUGGGAGCCUCGAGGACGGCGAGGACGUCUUUAUGAGGGGUCGCGGACACGCGCUGUCGCGGUGGGCAGGCGCUCCGGUGUGUGCGGAGGCGGUCGUCGCCAGCGAUGGAUACUGCUCUCCGAGGGGACGGCUGCACGCGCACCGCAUCAAUUGA